AUGCACCAGAUGGCGUGUCUCAGCGCAAUUGUUUCAACUGUCCCCACCGAUUCCAGCUCUAGACAAUUCGCCAAGGGAGAGACAAUUAUCAGUUACCUCGACCCGCGUCAAGGUAUUGGUAUGAUCUUGGGUGUUCUGUUGACUGUGUAUGGUGGACAUACGACCGUCUACCACGAGGAUCGGGCAGUUGAGACUCCUGGUCUCUAUGCUCACCUGAUCACCAAGUACCGCGCAACGAUUAUGGCAGCGGAUUAUUCUGGUCUCAAGAUUGCUGCGUACAACUACCAACAGGACCCUAUGUCAACUAGGCACUACAAGAAAAAUUCCGAGCCUAACUUCAGCAGCGUGAAACUCUGCCUGAUCGACACUCUUACUCUUGAUGCGGAGUUCCACGAGAUCCUCAGCGACAGGUGGCUGCGUCCAAUGAGAAACCCCAGGGCCAGAGAAAUCGUUACGCCGAUGCUCUGUUUGCCCGAACACGGCGGUAUGGUCAUCAGUAUGCGCGAUUGGUUGGGAGGCGAGGAACGCAUGGGAUGCGCUUUGACACACGAAAUGGAUCCUGCGGAACGUGAUUCUAAGAAAGACGACUCCAAACUUGAGAAGUCCGAGACCAAUACUGGCUUCGGUAGCAGUCUUCUCGGCGGUGGGUCGCGAGUAUCGGCGCCCAAAGAGAGUGGAAAGAAUGACUUGGGAGAGGUCCUUCUCGACAAGGAGGCCCUGAAGAGCAACGAGAUUGUUGUUCUAGCCAUGGGCGAAGACGCCAGGAAGUAUGCCACCACCAUGCCACAUGCAGUCCGCGUUGGUGCUUUCGGCUACCCAAUUCCUGAUGCGACCCUUUCCAUUGUUGAUCCUGAAACCAACCUUCUGUGUACUCCAAACGUCAUUGGUGAAAUCUGGGUCGAUUCUCCUUCACUGUCAGGUGGAUUCUGGGCCCUGCCGAAACAUACAGAGGCCAUCUUCCAUGCUCGCCCAUAUAAGUUCGAAGAUUCCAACCCGACUCCUAUCCUCGUGGAGCCCGAGUUCCUGCGAACUGGUCUUCUGGGCUGUGUUAUCGAGGGCAAAGUCUUUGUUCUGGGUCUGUAUGAAGAUCGAUUGCGACAGAAGGUUGAGUGGGUUGAGCAUGGCCAAGAAGUCAUCGAGCACCGAUACUUCUUUGUUCAGCACCUGGUUGUCAGCCUUCUCAAGAAGAUCCCGAAGAUCCAUGACUGCACGGCAUUUGAUGUAUUUGUCAAUGAUGAGCAUCUGCCAGUCAUUGUCUUAGAAUCGUACGCUGCCUCCACGGCUCCUACGACAUCCGGCGGGCCACCGCGGCAACUUGACCAGGUCUUACUUGAUUCGCUCGCCGAAAGAUGUAUGGAGGUUCUGUAUCAGGAGCAUCACCUUCGAGUUUACUGUGUUCUUCUUACGGCUCCGAACACGCUACCACGCGUAACCAAGAAUGGCAGACAAGAGAUCGGCAACAUGCUUUGUCGCAAGGAGUUUGAAGCCGGUAUGCUCCAAGCUGUUCAUGUCAAGUUCGGUGUUGAGCGGUCAGUAAUGAAUCUGCCCGUGGGUGUCGACCCUGAGGGUGGAAUCUGGUCUCCUCUUGCUCUGUCUUCGAGACAAGAGAUGCUCGCAUACCAGGAAAAACAAUACUCGGGUGUGGACUACCGCGACGUUGUGAUGGACGACCGAACCUCGACCCCGCUCAACAAGUUCAACACAAUUGUGGAUCUUCUUCAAUGGCGUGUUUCCCGCCAGGCCGAAGAGCUGUCUUACUGCUCUAUCGACGGUCGUGGCAAGGAAGGCAAGGGUAUCACCUGGAAAAAAUUCGAUCUCAAGGUCUCUGCGGUGGCAACCUACCUCAAGAACAAGGUCAAAGUUCGACCCGGUGAUCACUUGAUCUUGAUGUACACUCACUCCGAAGAGUACAUAUAUGCUGUUCAUGCUUGCUUCUGCUUGGGUGUUGUGGUUAUCCCAUUGGCACCAAUUGACCAGAACCGCCUCUCCGAGGACGCCCCAGCGUUCCUUCACGUCAUCAGCGACUUCAAUGUCAAGGCAAUUAUUGUCAACACCGAGGUCGAUCACGUCAUGAGACAGAAGCUGGUGUCUCAGCACAUCAAGCAGUCAGCACAAGUUCUCCGCAUCGGUGUCCCGGCUAUCUACAACACCACGAAGCCAUCCAAGCAGUCCCAUGGCUGUCGUGAACUCGGCUACACCAUGAAGGAUACUUGGCUUCAAGCCAACCCGACUGCAAUGGUUUGGACUUAUUGGACCCCAGACCAACGACGUAUUUCCGUGCAGAUCGGCCAUGAUACAAUCAUGGGUAUGUGCAAGGUGCAGAAGGAGACAUGCCAAAUGACCAGCAUGCGCCCGGUACUCGGCAGUGUGCGUAGUACUUUGGGUCUUGGAUUCCUUCACACUUGUCUGAUGGGUAUUUAUGUCGGCGCUCCAACCUACCUUGUCUCUCCUGUCGAUUUUGCCCAGAACCCCAUGACGCUCUUCGUUACCCUUGCACGGUACAAGAUCAAGGACACUUACGCUACUAGCCAGAUGUUGGACUAUGCUAUAAGUGCUAUGGCGGGCAAGGGCUUCCAGCUCCAAGAACUGAAGAAUCUAAUGAUCUCUGCAGAGGGUCGGCCCAGAGUCGAUCUUUACCAGAAGACUCGUCUGCACUUCGCCUCUGCUGGUCUUGACCGCACUGCAAUCAACGUCGUGUACUCACACGUUCUCAACCCCAUGAUAGUAACGAGAUCUUACAUGUGCAUUGAGCCUAUUGAGCUGUGCUUGGAUAUCAGAAGUCUUCGUCGCGGUCUGGUCUAUCCUGUGGACCCAGACUCUGAUCCCUCUGCACUUUUGCUACAAGAUUCAGGUAUGGUGCCUGUCAAUACUCAGAUUGCGAUUGUGAACCCAGAGACAUGCACCUUGUCCCAUGUCGGAGAAUAUGGUGAGAUCUGGGUCCAGUCCGAUGCCUGCGCUGCCGGAUUCUACAAGUCGAAGCAGGAGUUCGACAUUGAGAGAAUGAACGGUCGCGUUGCCGAUGGAGAUCCCAAUGUGCCUUAUGUUCGUACUGGUGAUCUUGGUUUUCUUCACACUGUGACUCGGCCCAUUGGUCAUGGCGGACAGCCCGUGGAGAUGCAGGUUCUCUUCGUCCUAGGUAGCAUCGGCGAGACUUUCGAAGUGAACGGCCUGAAUCACUUCCCUAUGGACAUUGAGAGCUCGGUGGAAAGAUGCCACCGCAACAUCAUGAAUGGAGGAUGUGCCAUCUUCCAAGCUGGUGGACUCAUUGUUGUCGUUGUCGAGGUCACCCGCAAGGCCUUCCUCGCCUCUCUCGUCCCCGUCAUUGUCGACACUGUUCUGGGUGAGCACCAAGUGGUGGCAGACAUUGUUGCCUUUGUCUCACAUGGCGAUUUUCCUCGCUCGCGUCUCGGUGAGAAGCAGCGUGGAAAGGUUCUGGCGUCCUGGGUGACUCGCAAACUACGCACGAUUGCCCAGUUCAGCAUUCGCGAUCUGGAAGGAGACCAUCCCUUCGCCGAAGGGCAAAUGCCGCACCACCGGGUUAGCCGAAGCUCUAAGCCCGGCAGCACCAUGGGCAACAGCAUGCGCAUGUCCACCAUGCCCGAGGAUGAUGUUCCUGAAAUGCCACGCUCCCCAGGAGUCACCUUGGAGGAGACGAAUCAAGUCCCUCAAGAUUCUCUCCAAGAGAGGCCGCAUCGGGGCACUCUGCCUGAGUUGGAUACUCGAACCGACAGCAGUGUUUCGGCGACCCCAAUCCCUGCAGCCACCUCUGCUGUUCCUUACAUCCAAGAGCCGCAAUCUGCUACGAUAAUGUCGGCAGAUGAAGACCACUUCAACUCGAUGGGACCCGAGAACCCUCAGAGCGCCUCGUCGGAUGCGAAUCGUGAUUUCCGAUUCAGCUUUGAGGUCGUCAACACACCAAUGGAUUCAUUGCCACAAGACACGGCCCCGGCCCCCGCCCCGGGAUCCCAACAGUAUCUACCGCGAGUAGAUUCGCUUCCUGGUCGCCAAGCAGGUCCUGCGUAUGACGAGGCGGCCCGGCCCCGCACACAAGACAGCGGAGUGAGUGACGACUGGCCUGCAGAGGCCCUGAUGUACCAGUCGGCCUUGGGCGAUGAUGGUCAAGCAGCAGCGCACAGGCGCUAA